AUGAAAUCGUUGAAUAAGCCUCCAAUCACAUCAUCAUUGUCGGAAUUGAAUAAUCAUGGAGGAACGAACAAUGGCAAACAUCAAAGUUCUUCAUCAAUAUCAUCACUUGCAAAAUUGAUCGGAAAUCAAAAAGAAAGAAGGAAAAGACUCAAAAUGAGUGUUUCCGAUCCAUUUGAUGGAUUUAUGAAUUCUAAUUCCACCCAUCAUCAUCAGCAAGAUGACAAUCAUAAUGGUAGUAUGAUUAUGGAUGGUACUGGUCCAACUGGACCAACUCCUAACGCUACACAUAAAUUACUACAUAAUAUUUUACGAGAAGAAGACGAAGAGCCAUUAUUACUCUUGAACCAAUCAUCACACGAUAACCAAAAACAUGAUUUGAUGGAAAAGCUCAUGGACCACUUCUCAACAAUAUCCAUCUCUUUGUUUCAUAUGGUUAUUAAGGAGCAUUCAACACAUCAUAAUUCUCAACUUUCACCGAUGGAAAUUCGAUCAAAAGUUGUUCACGUUUUGGAAAGAGAUGUCACGAACGUAUUCAUGUUUCAAUAUGAGUAUUCACUCAAAAAGCAUAUUACAAGCGUCUUGUCAUGGUUUCUAGCUUUUCAUAUUUAUUUCAUUCAAGAAAUUGCUCUCUGUUUUGUAAAGUUUGAGAAUUUUGAUAACAUUUUCGUGGGUGAUUUGUCACUCUUAACAACCCUUCCGAGAAAGAUCAAAAUUUCAUCAUCAACAACUCACACAACGACAGAACAGACCUCUACUUUUGAUUUUUAUAUGAAAUUUCUACUGAAUUUCGUAUCUUCAGAACUUGUUCAUAACAUUUCCAUGCCUCCUUCUUCACUCUGUACAAAUUUUGAUCGAAUCACUUUUUUAAAUUUAUUAGCACGUCCAACGACGCUGUUUGAAAGCUCACUACUUCAGAAACUUGAAAAGUUAUUUCAUCUCUCCUUUCCAAAUCAACCCAAAAUUAUUUUAAAUUAUUCAACAUUGCUACAUCUACACCAAUCACAAAUAUACUCCAUACCAGACUAUAUUCUUUCAUUACCGACUGAAAAUGUCAUUCAAUUAUUGGCAGAACGAUCAAUAUUUGAAUAUCAGUUUUUGUCAUCCAACAAUAAGGACGGACAAGUCGAUCCAAAAUUAACAAGCCAAUUAGAAUCGGUACAAUAUGAAUGCUUGUGGCAUUCAACAUUUUUUGACAAGAAAAAAGAUACAUCUAAAAUAUUGAAAUUUCUUUCAACAUUUCGAUUAUGGAAAAACAAGGAAAUUUCAAAUGACAAUGCACUUAAAGCAUUAAUUGUGUGGAAUGAAUUUGCAAAAAAUUCUAUGGACCAGCAGGAGAAGAGAAUGGUAUACAUCAAAUCCUAUAUAAGGAUGAUCAAUGUGAGUCGAAAAAUUAUUGAACCAUCUCUGGCACAAUCAUUCAUCCUUAACGAACUUGGUAAUUUACUACGAAAAGAUACAACAAGUACCAUUAAUCCUUCCAACUCCACCACUAUAACUGCGACACAAGACUUUAUUCAACUCAGAGAACCUCUCUCUAAAAGUGACGAUCCAACUUUUGAACAAGCUCAAAAUGAAGUGUUUGAAUGGUUCGUAGAUCGACUCCAGGAAACCACGGCUAGCUCAGAGACUAUUAUUUCUUGUAUUCGAGAAGCUCUCAUUUCCCCACAUGUACAUUUACCAACAAUUAUUCCACUAAUGGCCAAAUUGAUUCGAACGCAUGAAAAUCACAUUCUCACUCUGAUCGAUGAAAGUCUCUGUAGGGCCAUUGAAUCCGAGGACAUCUCACUUGCUCUUACGUGCUUAAUUGUUGCACGUAAUAUUUAUUCCAUUCCAAAAUAUAUCAAGACAAGCUCCUCCUAUGCUAACAAACCAACCCUAGUGAACAAUCAACACUUAUCAACCAUUGACCAAUGGAUGAAGGACCAUUUAUUCAUGUAUUUAUCAACUGGAUCGAACACAAUCAUGGCUGGAGGAAUUUCUCUUGAAAGAAAUGCAAAAAGCGCCUCGUUUGUGUGUAAAUUAAUUGAUACCAUCAUACCUUUGGAGAGCGUAACAUUUUUGCAAAUGUAUCAACGAGUGUUAAAUGGAAUUACAAAUUCACGUCAUGAACUAGUGUCUCAAUUGACCAACAAGUUGAAAAAACAGCUUACUGAGAUGUCAGACGACAACACCAACAUGACGGACAUGUCGAACCCUAAUAAUGAGAAUGGUGCCUAUUUUGAAGUGAAAAACAUUCUUGAAGAGUAUGAGAAACUUGGAGAUGAAAUAUUUAACAAGAGUGCCCAAAAAAAAGGAAAUUCAUCAGCUCCACCUCUCGUUUACUAUCCACUCAUGAAAAAGAAUCGAUGGUGUAAUGUCAUUGUACCAGAGCUGUUAGCAUUUACUUUUCGAAAAGAAGGACGAGAUGAUGUUGAAUUCGAAAAGGCUAAAAGAAAAUAUGACAAGCUGAAAUUUGCAUUACUUUCAUCAUUGCGAAAUCGAAAAAUGAUUCCUGAAGACACGACGAUCGCUGCUAAAGAAGACGUCAACGCUGAAAUUUCAGGAAAGGAAUCUCUUAAUUGUAGCAUCCAAGAAAAGAUGACACAUCUUGAAGGAUGUCUCUCACGUGUCACUGUAGAAAUUGAGCACCAAAUGAGAAAACAUUCGGGCCUAAUGAAAAUGGAAACCAUUUGUGGAAUUUUCUAUGAAGCUCAUAUUCUCAUUUUAGAAGUGCUCAAAGAUUGUGAAAAAGAAGACACGAAUCGACAAUUGGCAAUUGCUAAAAACAUCAUUCAAAUGGCAUUGCAAACCUUUUACGAUUGUUGCACAUUAACAAGUGGAUCUAAUUCUGAUACUCAAAGUGUGGCUACACUUUCAGAAGAUACCAAACAAACUCAUCUGGAUUGGAUUGUUCUUUUCAAGGUUGGAAUUCUCAUUCCGCUCGCUCAUUUCUCAUCAAUAUUCAAACAAAGUAUUGUUGAGUGUUUGAAAAUUUACCUCUCCUCAACAAUAUCCACAUCUGAUUCACAAAAAUCCAACACAGAUAUGUGCUACAUGCUUUCGACGCUCGUGGCCUCUCUGUGCAUCAUUUCCACAAAUGAAGUCACCAUUAUUCGAGAAUUUAUUGAAACACUAUGCAACAAUGAAAAGCAUCGACCAUAUGCCUUUUCACUCCAAGAAGCUCUACAGAAGAGAUACCAAUUACUUCGCAUGUGUUUUGAAAUUGAUUUAAUUCCUUCAAACUUUUCUGAUGCCAUUCAAAUUGGUCAACUUGUUUUGGCUAUUUUGGAAGCAAUCUCUAUUUUUGAAAAGUACAAUUCAGGAUUUGGAGUAGCACAUAAUGUGUUUGAAGUUUUAGACGUUCAUAUUUUAGAAGAAACAUUCAAGGUGUUAGUAACAAAUCAUUUAGAAACCAUCUUGUCGAAAGAGAAUCGUUUUUAUUGCUUAUUUCCGUCAAGUAUUGUACAAUUAUUUGUUUGGAUUGUCUCUAGAUAUUAUCAAUUAUUUUUCAUUGUUGAGAGUAGUGAACGACCACUGAGAGUUUCAUUUUCUGCAGAACUCGUUUCACAGCUUUUGACAUCAAAUCCAAAACGUUCAACUAGUUGUAACCGAACAUCAAGCCACGAACAACAAACAAAACAAGAAGACAUUCUAUUGGAUCAAAUGAACGCAAUGAUUCAAGCACUUUCCAGCAAUACUAUGGUUUCAAUGUUUUUUGAGAAAACACCAGAAUUGACAUUUGAACAAUGGCUUCGACUUGAAUUAUUAAUGACCUGUGAAGACAAACUCUCUCUUGACCUCUACUAUAAGCAACAUUUAUUGAGCUAUUUAUCGCAAACAUGCUCUCAAAGUCCACACCGUUCGAAACCAUUCGUUCUCUCUCAAUUUAUUUCCAUCAUUACACAAGAGAUAGUUUUAACGCCGUCGCCUUCAUCUACAAGAGCUAUGAUUAACACAUGCAUGAUGAAUGCUGUCUCAAGUUUAAUACCAAAAUUUUUCCUUGUUUCGAAUAGCCAUCGUGAUCACGAUGAGAACCACAAUGAAGACUCUUUAUCCUCCUUAUGGCUACUUGAAAUUCUUUUGAAUUUACUUCAACACGCUCAAUCAAAGCAUAAGAGAAGUGUUGUGAGAGAUUUCACAACACUACUUCAACAUGUAGAUCCAAUUAUAUUUAUCAUUGGAAGUUAUUCCAUUCCUAAUUCAGUCAUAACCAGAACUGCACGUGAUCGUAAUAAUACAAGUAAGAUCAACAACACCAACGCAUUAACAGAAUGGCUUGAAGAAGCAUUAACGACAUUGACGAUGAAAAUUCUAAAUCCAAUGAAUUCCAUUCAUCCAUGGCCAACAGAAUUCACAUCCAAAAUUUUAGAGGGAUUGCUAUUCCUAGCUUUAUUAUGUUUUACUGCAUGUGAAGAUUCUCAACAAGAAGAAGAAUUUUCUUCGAGCACAACAACCUUAUCGAAACUAUUUGAAAACUUUUGGAGUACGAAUUUUAUACUUCGAUUGAAUUUGUCGAGAAAUUUGAGCUUUUAUUCGACAUUGAUUGAAAGUUUCAUUCUAUCUCAUUUCAGUCACAAUUCGAAAAUGCAAGAAUUUUAUGCACAAUGUUUUGGAGAAGAACUCUUAACUGGUGGCAUUCAAUUCGCUCAAACAUUCCUCAGUGAAGCUCCAGGUUCUGAAGAAAUUCUACUCAACUGUUUGUUACAAACGCAGAACCAUCCUGAUGGCCAAAAGUUCUUGGCUUGUCAACUCACUGAAAUUAUUUUACAUGCUUAUCGAGGUAGUACCCAUGAUGGAGAGCCGUAUCAUGAGUUGAUACAUUCGUUAUUUAAUCAGAAAGAAGAAAAACAUUUAUCCUGUUCUCAUACAGUGGAAAUGCUAAAAUAUAUGAAAACGGUCAUGAUGAUGAAAUGUUCUACUACUUUACAAAUCGAAAGUCAUCCAUUGGAACAAACAAACACGUCACAACAACAACAACAAGUGGUUAAUUUGACGUGCCAACAGUUGACAGCUCUUGCUUCAGCUCAUGAAGAAUAUUCGAAAGCAUUUAUGAUCCAAUUCUUUCAGUGUUUAUUUGUGACUUAUUCAAGUUUGGUUAUGAAUAAUAGUUUGUGGAACGAGAAAAGUGUCACACCAAUAUUUUAUCCUACUCAACACGCUUUUCAAUUAUCGAACGGAGAGAAUUCCAUUUAUUUGAAAUUGAUGGAACAAGUAAUGAACAAGAUGAUAGCUUUGAAUGGGAAUUUUUAUUUGGAUUUGUUUGAGAAAAUUUAUAAUCUCUUUGAGAAUGCUCAGUCGACAGAUUUCACAUCAUCAAUAAUGUUGCAAUUAUUUGAUUCUAUUCAUUCUUCAAAAAAAAGUCUCGAUGAAAUCCAUCCACAAAACGUUCGAAUGAAUGUGUACGGAAUUUUGGUAGUUGCCAUUUUCAAGUUGACCUUGUCCAAUUCAACUCUAGUACAAGCCAUUCAGACACAGUUGAAUCAUCCUGAAGAAGAGAAUGCCAUGUCGACAUGGAUUAAUGCAGAGUGGUAUCAAGCUAAAUUUUGCAAACUUGUUUCAAUACUGAGGAAAAUUGCGUACGUGGAUGGAACAGAAUACUUAUCGUCACACAACUCUACAGAAGCCAUUUCUAUUUUACGUUCCUUGUUGGAUCGCGGACUCAUUUCAGAGCAAGAAGCAGAACCAGAAAUUGAUUUAAUGGGUAUUGAAUUUUCUCAACUCGAAUAA